UUUCUUUUGUUUUUUUUAAUUAAAACUAAGUAUACACACAUGGCAAGGUUCAAUUGGGCAAAGAAAUCAAGUUCCGGCGUUUUUCAAAUCACGCCAACGUCCAUUUUUUCGCAAAUAACGCCGGAAAACGCCUAGGGGGCGGCACCGGGGCGUGAUCGGGCGUUUUCGGGCGAGAUUCCAGGCAGAAAACGCCCCACUACGUUCGGUCUUAGUAUCGGGUUAUGCAUACCCGGUUAUCGAAUAUGGGUCCAAUUUUUGUUGUCCGUAUAUAUAGUUUUAACCCGACAUAAAAAUCACUUAUCCAUCUAUCUCCAGGGUUUCCCCUCUCUCUCUCGCUCUGCUCUUUACGGAUCUUCAUAGAUCUUCAAAUCAUCGCUCGGAUUCAAGUAUUACGGUUCAGAUCUGAACAGUAGAUCGCCGGAAUAGCAUUGCCGGUAUCGCCGCUGCUGACGUCACACCAUCACCGAUCGAACUUCCACAGAUAAUAUCUGGCACUAUAACUACCUAAUGGAGCCAUCGACUGAAUACGUGGCGUUUGAAGAGAAGGUGAAGAAGACGAUUUACAUCGACAACUUAUCCCCUCAGGUCACGAAAGCCGUUUUAGAAAAUGCAAUCAAUCAGUUUGGGAAUGUGAAAGACGUUCAGUUCGUUCCCACGUAUUUCGCGUCUUGCGGUGUUUGUGCUGCGCUGGUGGAGAUGGAAUCAGCCAAACAGGCUGAAGAAAUCAUCUGUGAGAUGGGUGAUUCUCCUCUUAUGAUAUCCGGAAUGCCCAGGCCCGUGAGAGCCCAAAAAGCCCGAGUUGAAAUGUUUGAGGCCCGGCCCAAGAAGCAUCAGAGAACUAUUGUGUGCCGUUGGAUGGAUCCAAGUCAGCAAAACUUUGAGCUGGCGAAGAAGAUUAAGGAUCUGACGAAGAAACAUGCUGCUGAGGCUCAAUAUAUAAUGAAGCUACAACUUGAAGAAGAAGAAGAGAAGCUACAUAAACAGCAAAGCGAGACCCUGAAAACAAACUACAAGAAGUAUGAUCUGAUUGAUGGUGCGCAAGCAGAUGGAAAUGUGAAGCGUUUGAAAGCUGAAUAUGGGAUGACACUCAACGACCAAUGAUCUGAUGCUUCUAAUUUUCAUGGCGUAUGUAGCUUCAUAGAGUUUUGUGCAAGCGAUGGUUCAAGAGAGAUUUUAGGCUGUUUAUAUUUGUGUAUGCCGUUAGUAUGGAGAUUUUGGGAUUUUGAUUUUUAUAUCAUCAUGGGGUUUGAUACACCCCUGUUAACAUACUUUGAUGCACCAUUGUAAUGCGGUUUGGUGGACUGUUGGUAAAUUUGUGCAUAGAACUUGAUUACAACAGCACACCACGUAUUGAUUACUGAUUGUAAUGAAUUAUAUGGCUCAUCUGUGCAAACUUGUGAAUCGAACUGCAUGGCA